AUGACUUUCUUGCUAUUCAAGCGGCCUGUAUGUCCUUGUUUCCCGACGAAGUGUGACAAGGAUGGUGAUAGCGAUAGUCCAAGCGAUAGCGACAGGGACGAUGACAAAGGACCCAAACCCAAGCCGACGUCAUAUCCCAAACCCAACAAACCAGAGUGCAAACUUCUCGGUUGCGGAUGCGGGUGGAUGGGUUUGAACUACGGGCCUGGAUGUCCUGGUGUAGACUUCGAGCUAAAUAUCCCAUGUGGUCUCUUUGGGUGUUCCCCCUGCACCUUCUUUGGUAGUUGCCCGGGCGAUAAGCAGCCCGUCAACGCCAUCUUGGGCUACGGCGGAUACUGUCGAGGAGAAGGAUGCUCACCCUGCCCACCGGAGCUCUGUAGUCGUCCAGGAUGCACGAUUCCCGGAGGUUGUGGACCGAAGCCUGGUCCUGCGCCAACUAAGCCCGCGGAUGCACCAGAUCCGGAUCGUUGCGAGGACAAGCAGCGCACUGUUAUCACAGAGCGCUAUGCCUUCUACCUCUCGGGGUACUGGUAG